AUGCAAUCAAGCUUUUUUGGAGCUCUGCUAUUGGCUUUUUUGGUAUUCAACUUUCCAGAAGAUUCAAGGGCCCAGAUUUAUUUGGGUAAAAGUCGUUUCCUGAUGAGUCCUUAUUACUUUUUCCGUACCCAUUGGCCAAUAGUGUCUACUGACGUUCAUCGCCAACACAGCAGCAGCAGCAGUGUGAACUGGUUACGAAACAAACCGAAACCAGUUUUCUGCACACCAGAGAAAACUUUCACGGGAUAUCCGGUCAUUAAACAGCCCAAACAAGCUGAUUACUUAGACUUAAGACCUACGGAAGAUGAGAAGCAUCUCAUUUUGGAUCUACACAAUCAACUCCGGCAAAAUGUCGCAUCCGGCAACGAGAAACGAGGAUCACCUGGGCCUCAACCUGCAGCUGCUUUCAUGCCCAACUUGAAAUGGGAUAAGAAAUUGGCUGAUUCCGCCUGGGAGUGGGCAAAACACCUGGCCCAAAACCGAAAAUUCGAGACUGGGCCGGAAGGAACUCCUUACGGACAGAAUCUUGGAUUUUCUAUUCUUUAUGGAACAAGUAGCAGAACUUGGGACUGGGUUAUCGAUUACGAGUGGUCUUAUGGAGUAAACCAUAUGAACUGCGGGUCAGUUGAAAACUUUAGGGAUUCUUGGAAGCCGGAUGUUAUGGACAAAAAUGAUACUCAUAUUUCUAAACCUAUCGGUCGUUACACGCAAAUGGUUUGGGCCGGGACCACCCACGUCGGAUGUGCGGCUAUCGGCUACUCGUUUCAUCCGGGCGAACCCGUAAUUUGUUUGGAACAUUCCGGGCUUGUUAGAUUAUUGUACGUCUGUAAUUACAACCCACCCGGUAAUAUUGCUGGUCAAUCGGUCUACAAAGUCGUGUCAUCUUCUAAUCAUAUUUGCCCAAACGAACAUCACAAAUAGUUAGUGUUGAUAUUCUAACCAGCUAUAAUGUGAUUUGAUUAUAUGCUCAUGUGUCUCGUCCUUGGUCUCGUCAACAAUAAUAACAGCGGUGCCCGAUAUUA